UCCAGAUAGUGUCACAUGUUCAUAGUGUUCCCCUCAAGGAUGACAGCAAUGAUGAAAGCUCUUUCGAUCUUUUUAUUGUUAUUUUAUCUGCGACCAUGCGAUACGUGGACAAAAUGGUUUACUUAUCGACAAAUAAAGUCGGAAACAUCCAUUCAAGAUCAAGAAGAAAGCGUGAGAGGUUUAAUUACGAGGUUACUUCAUCGUCGAGCUUCAGAGUUCACAGUCAUUGUAGAUUUGAGUCUGGUGCCGUUAGGACAAGAAGCUUUCACCAUCGAAACAGUUCAGGAUAGGCUUGUGCUUAAAGGGACAACAGGUGUCGCAGCAGGAUGGGCAUUUCAUCACUACCUUAAGUACUUUUGUGAAGCUCAUAUCUCGUGGAAUGGUAAUCAACUGGAGACAAUACCGACACCGCUUCCCCGCGUUACACCACGAGUGAAAAUCGUUAUACCACACAGAUUCAGGUAUUAUCAGAAUGUAUGUACAUCGAGUUAUUCGUUUGUUUGGUGGAACUGGACUCGCUGGGAACAAGAAAUUGACUGGAUGGUAAUGAAUGGUAUCAACUUGCCACUGGCAUUCACAGGUCAGGAAACCAUUUGGCAACGCAUCUACAAGAGACUGGGCCUAACGCAGCAUGAACUGGACGAGCAUUUUGCUGGUCCAGCAUUUCUCGCUUGGUCCCGUAUGGGUAACGUAAAAGGAUGGGGAGGACCAUUACCAAAGCCUUACUGGUACCAGAGACAGCUUGCUUUGCAGCAUAAGAUAAUACAACGCAUGCGCAGUUUUGGAAUGAUCCCAGUCCUACCCGCGUUUGCAGGUCACGUACCAAAGGCCUUAGCACGAGUAUUUCCACAUGCUACCAUGACAACAUUGAGUCGCUGGAGUCACUUCAGUCCACCAUAUGUCCCAACUUACCUCUUGGACCCUAACGAUGAACUGUUUAAGACUAUUGGAAAGAUGUUCAUUGAAGAGCAGAUACACGAAUACAACGGAACAGGUCACAUUUACAACGGCGACACUUUCAACGAGUUGCGACCGAACACAUCAUCUCCCAGUUACCUCUCGCAAACAAGUAGAGCAGUAUAUGAAGCCAUGGCUAGCGGAGAUGAUAAGGCCGUCUGGCUAAUGCAAGGAUGGAUGUUUUUGAACGAUCCAAAAUUCUGGCAAUCAUCUCAAGUUCAGGCAUAUUUACAAGGAGUACCAAAAGGCAAGAUGAUAGUGCUGGAUUUAUAUGCUGAGAUUUCACCAGUUUGGAAAAAAACAAACUCAUUCUAUGGUCAACCGUUUAUCUGGUGUAUGCUUAAUAAUUUUGGUGGGAAUGUCGGCAUGCACGGAACGCUGCACACUAUCGCUACAGAGCCAGUUAGGGUGCACCAACAACAUGACAACAUGCUUGGGAUUGGCGUCACUCCCGAAGGUAUUGAGACUAAUUAUGUAGUGUAUGAUCUUAUGUUGGAGAUGGGCUGGAGAGAUAAACAGGUACAAGUAGGGGCAUGGUUGAAGAAAUACACGAAGCGAAGAUACGGGGCCUGGAACCAAAACGUGGAUAUGGCGUGGAAGGCACUCGCCCAAAGUGUGUACAACGACACUAAAGGCUUCGCCAGACAUUGUAAAGCAGUUCCUGUCAUGAAGCCGUCACUCAAUAUAAAACCCGACUAUUGGUACGAGCCGUUCUUCACUGUGGAGGCCUGGGACGGAAUGAUAAAAGCGGCGCCCAAGCUUAUCCAUUCAACAACGUUCAGUUAUGAUUUGGUGGACAUCACAAGGCAAUUUUUUCAAUCGUUUUCUUAUCUGUUUUAUCAAAACGUCACAUCGUCCUAUAAAUCAAACGAUCUUCGGUCGCUACAGCUCGAGAGUGCUAAAUUCAUCGAUCUUUUAUAUGAUUUGGACCUAGUCCUUUCUAGCAAUCGCUUCUUCCUACUCGGACGUUGGUUAAACGCUGCAAAACGUAUGGCGCACUCUCCGACUGCCGAAAAACUUCUGGAGUUCAACGCACGAAAUCAGAUCACAACGUGGGGUCCACACGAGAACAUUGAAGACUAUGCGAACAAAAUGUGGAGUGGACUGGUGAAAGAUUUUUAUAAACAACGCUGGGCAGUAUUUGUCGGUUUCUUAAUGAAAUCUCUUAUCUGGAAAGAGCCAUUCAAUUUAACCGCUUACAAUGACGACAUAAUGAAGUUUGAAAAACUUUGGACGACCACUCGCGUUCAUUAUCCUGAACAUGCGCAAACAGACACAUUAAAGACUGUCAUGUUUCUUUACAAAAAAUACAGAAAAUAUGGCGAGUUGGUAGCGCCCAAGCAUUUCUAGACUUUUGAAAACCAAUUUGAGCUGAAAAGAAAGACUUCUACAUAAUCUUCACUUAUACCAUAGAUAAUACUUUUUCUAAUCGAUAAAAUUACAAAUAUGUAAAGUUGUAUAACUAAAACGCUACACAAUAUCAGAGUUUAUCUAAAGAAUACAUUACUUCGUUAACCGAUCUUCUGUCAACAACAA